GCCGGUUCGGUUCCCUCUCUUCUCUAUUGAGUGACGGCGAACAGAACGCACGCACAGGCACAGCCCAGCCUCCAGUCCAUUCCCCGAGCUCCCGUCGGAACCCUACCCGCCAACCCCGCCGCCGCCACCCCGCGCAGCGCUCCGCCUCGAGCCGCCACAGCAUCUUCCUCGCCGUCUCCUCCAGCCGCCACAGCAUCGUCCUCUCCGUCUCCUCCAGCCGCGACACCUCCUCCCGCCGGCCCCCACUUUCUACCGUGCAUCGAGCCGCCACACCCGCCGUCGCCGGGAUCCCCUCACGAGAUCUCCUCCUCCCGCUGCGUCCGCGAAGCGCGGAAUCGAGGAUUUGGUGGAGCGAGGGUGUUGUGGAAAGGGCCCCUAGGUCUUGCCGCCGGCCGCCCUCGCCCUCGCCCUCGCCAUGGACGGUCAUGGAGAUCCCCACUACGGGCGUCACCCUCAAACUCCUGCCCCUACUGAUUCUCGAUACCCCCAGUUUGAGGAACAAGGUAUUCCCCGCAGUCAUGAACCGCCGUCGAAAUGGGCGAGGAAGAAAGCUAAGAUGGAAUGGAGGAGGAAGCGCUAUGGUCAACACAGCGAGGAGGCCGUAGCUCUCGAGCUGGAGCAGGGAGCCAGCCAGCUACAGAAGGAGGACCUCCCCGAAACCACACUAGGUUCUCCCGUAGGCCACACCAUGGGAAGCCAUGGCCAUCCUGAAACACCUCGUGACAUUCAAUACAGCGAGGAGCAAGCUCCUAAUCCGUGGUGGGACGUGAAGACUCUUCGGCUGAUACUGCUGUGUCACCCGCAGCCACGAGAGGACGUAUUCGCCAGAGCCUUCUCUAUUCAGAUCGCCCCAGGCGAUCCAGGAGACCUACAUCAGAUAAGCUACCGGUUGAGGAGCAUGCGGAUGAGGUAAGCAGCAGGGAGUUUGAAGCCCUGACACUUGAUCAAUCACGCCCUACACCUAAGUCAACUCACAGGCAAGCUGGAACUGCAACCCAUGUUCGGCAAAGUGUUCUAUAUUCAGGCUGCCUCAGGCGGCCCCAUGGCAGACGAGAACAAGAACCAUCACCGAAUGAGCUACCGGUUGAGAAGAAUGCUAGCAAGGUGAGCAGGGGUGAGGGAUCUACAGUUACAGAUCUACCUGAAUUAACUGAUAGGGUUGAGGUGCUGGCAAGGUGAGCGACAUUGAGGGUCCUGCAGUUAAGGCUCCACCGGUUAAGGAGGAUGCCAGUGAGGUGCGCAGCAGGGAGUUUAAAUCAGUAACACUCGGUCAGUCACUUCCUACAUUUAACCCAACUCAAAGGUCCAGGAAACGUGAUUAUUACGCUGCAGACAGUACGACUCGCUCUGAGAUUUUUGAGGAGAUGCUCGAAGGUGUAUCAGAGCCUUGGGCACAAAAAUGUCGUGAUAUGCGGAAGUACUUGGAAGAACAUACAUACACUUGUAUGGUGGAGGCUAUGAUUGCCGCUGAACAUGGCUUUAGCAACCCGGCCCAGCAUAAACUGGAUGCUGAAGCAUUCUUGGCAUCAGAAGGGGCAUAUGAAGCUCCUGAAGUCCCUGAGUCCUUUGCCUCUACAAGAGAGAAUAUAGCGCAGGCUGAAGUGUCUACGGAAGAAAUCAUUGAGAAUGGUAAAAAGUGGAUGGGUGAGGAAGUCAUGUUGGCUUUUAAGAAGUACAAGGAAGGAAAGAGCCAAUUCAAAGACGUGGUGCAUUAUGGCCUAGAUGAGCUUCAACAUCAGUGCUUCAGCAUGUUGAGCUAUGAUCACACCUUCCAUCACUUCAACUUCACCGUUAAGAUGGAGAAAUCAGGCGGCGAUUCGUCAUCGACGCCCUUUUUUGCUGAGGUGAAAGAGAUCCAUGGAAGAAAAUAUUAUUCCUGCUACGAACUAAGUUCGUAUGAUGAUGGUCACUGCUACGCGUGCAAAAAUCAAGGAAUGCAUGCACUGAAGCAUCCUAUUUGUCUAAUGGGGUAUGACAGUGGUCAUGCUGAUAUGGAGUCCCCCUUCCUUUAUCUUAGUGAUGACGAAUAAUCUGAUCUCGAGUGGUGACGGUGUUUGCGUCGACAGCGGGGGGAAGUAUGUGGUUUGUUUAUGGUUACAUCUUCUGAUCUGCAUGUAGUCCAGUAGUGCAGUUAUGAAUCAUACUGAUAUUUGACCUGUACUAAGUUCUAAGGAGCGAGUUUUUGCUUUCA